AUGGAAGCCUUUAUAAACACGGUUCUCAAUCACUCACUGCUGGAAACCAUGAACACAAAUGAAAGGCAGAAGGUAGUAACAACCAUAUUGGACCUUGUGGACAAUAUGGCCAUGGCGAUAGCUCUCACUCUGCCCAGUUCACAAGUGAAGAACAUCACAACAGAUUCAUUUGUUCUGAAGAUCCAGGUGAUUGAAAAGAAGAAUAGCAAUGCGGACCAUUUGGUGGAGAUGCAUGUUGAGAGCAAUGUCAUGAAGAUAUUCUGGAGUUCAAUCACUGAAGGCACUAACCCUGACUUUGUGGCUGUUUCCUUUCUUGUAUUCAACGACAUGGAAUCCCUGUUGAACAGAGAGAUUAAAGGAGGAUUCUCAACUCAGAGGACGUUCCCAUUGAUCUCCAAGGUGGUCUCAGCCACGAUCAGCAACAAAGUCGCCAGCUCCAAGCUGAAAGAAAUGGUCAAUUUCACUCUGGCAAUCAACCAGUCGCAGGAACAGAAAGACAACGAGAAGCCAACGUGUGUGUUUUGGAAGACGACGGAAGGUGAAAGUGUCUGGUCCCGUGAGGGUUGUGUAACGUAUGGUUUCAAUCAGACAUACGUGGACUGCCAGUGUGACCACCUCACAAGCUUUGCUAUUUUAAUGGCUCCUGUUGAUCUUAAGGAUGACCGACACUUGGAGGUGAUCACCUACAUCUGCCUCAUCAUCUCUCUGCUGUGCCUCGCCGCCUCCAUCGCCAUCUUUGUCAACUGCAGCUCCAUCCAGAACGCCAACACCACCGUCCACAAGCACCUGAGCUUCACCCUCUUCCUGGCACAGUUCGUCUUCCUGAUAGGAAUGCGGAUUAAACACAAGGUGGUGUGUGGCCUGAUUGCAGGCUGUUUGCAUUACCUCUUCCUCGCCGUCUUCGUCUGGAUGUUCCUGGAUAGUUUGCAGCUUUUCAUCAUGUCCAGACACAUCACCGUCACAAACUACAGUCGCACGCACGUCAUCAAACGAAUAUACCUCUACAUUUCCAGCUACGCCGUGCCUGCUGUGAUAGUCGCUAUCUCAGCAGCAGUAAACUCCAAAGGCUAUGGAUCGGAAAAUGACUGUUGGCUGAGCCUGGAGUCGGGAUUCCGUUGGAGUUUCCUGGGGCCGGUCUGCAUGGUGAUCGUGGUCAACACCGUGCUGCUAGUUUGGACGCUCUGCCUACUGAGGAAACAUUUUGCCUCGCGCAACAAGGAAGUGUCGAAGCUCAAAGAAACCAGAACCCUGACCCUCAAGGCUGCCGCACGGAUGCUUGUUUUGGGAAGCACCUGGAUUUUGGGAAUAUUCCAGGUGGAUGAGAGCACCAUGGUGUUGUCCCACUUGUUCACCGUCAUCAACAGUCUGCAGGGGCUGUUUGUUUUCCUCAUUUACUGCGUCUUCAACCGCCAGGUGGUGACUGAAUGUCGGAAAUGGUUGACCAGAAAGCACAAGAGUUUCACCACCGAAUCCUCACAGAUUGAGAUGAACCCGACUGAGACUCAUAAAACGUCAUAAGUGGAAAGUUCAAGACUCAAGGACAAGAUUUAUCUCAGUGGAUUUUCCUCCUUUCAUGCUCUCUCAGUCGUUCCCCAUCUUGCUCUGCUUUCCACCCCGAAGAUUAUGGAUUGAAGUCACACUCCAGUGGUGGGAGAUUUACGUUUCAGGACUGCUCGCUCCUCCAGAGUUAUUUGGCUCAUCCUGGGCUUGUGAAAAUACACUGUAGAAUGUAAGGCAGUGUCUGCAAGUGAGCUGAUCAGGGAAUCUGCGGAUGAACAUUGGCUUUUGUGCAUGUGACCACAAAUAUAUUUCUGUAUUUUUCCUCAUUUUCCAUGUUUUGCCCAACCAUCCCGCAUUAUUCAGCAUUAUUCCCCCUGAGAUACUCGACAGUGCAGACAAC